CAACUUUAUUAAUAAUCAUUUAUAUCUUUACUCCGCUGUAUAACUGGAUCUCUGCUCAUCGGAGGUUACAUUUACUGAAAGGACUGUACUAUACAGCACAUAAUUAUGGAAGAUUCUUUAGAGAAUGUCUCACGGACUCCACAGUUUCUUAUUCAAGAAGAAUUAAUCAAGAAUCUGCGUGAAAUAGCGGAAGCAAAUGUCAAUACGAAGAAUACACUUUUUCAGAAGUAUGCAUUAUGGCACAAGAAAACCUGGGAAAUUAUCCUCAGUUUACUUAAUAUUCGUGACGAACUGAAAAAGCAUUCAUUCGGAUCAAACUGUGCCAAUUUGACAGGUGCCUCUGCUACUAUCUUGGGUUCAAUUGCCAGCAUUGUGGGAAUUGCUCUCACGCCAGUCACUGCAGGAAUUUCUCUGGCUCUUACAAUUGGGGGAAUUGCUACUGCCACAACGGGAGGAGUCGUUUCAGCUGGAUCCACCAUCACCAAUUAUGUUCUUUCUAAAAACUUAUGCGAAAAAGUCAAUGAAAUAUUUAAUACACAUAUCAAUUUCACAGAAGAAGUAGAAAGAGCAGCAAAUGAAUACAGUCAACUUUUGACACAAUUCCAAAAGCUGUUAGAGGAAUUAGACGAAGAAUAUUCCCAAAUACUGAAAUUGUUAUUAGACGAUUGUAUACAACAUGUGAAUAUGAGCACACUAAAAUCCUUAGAUGAUUGGUGUCCAACUCUUUCAAAACUAGAAGAAAUGGAGCCGAAUAAAGAAAUCAUGUUGAAAGUACCUCUCAUUAUUCAAUUAGUCAAAUAUGUUAUGGACGAUAAUAAUAUGGUGAAUAUAAUCAAAGCUACACCGUUAAAGAAUGUAUUACAAGCAGGAUCUCUUGCAAGUAUCACUGAAACAGCAAUUUCUGCUGAUCGGAUCGUAAAAUCGAUUUCAGAAACAGGAAGAUUAUUCAUGCUUGCUUUGAAAGAGGCAGGACUGGCAGUAAGAAUAGGUCUUGGUGUCUUGAAUGCCGUAUUUGUAAUAUGGGGUUUAUACGAUUUGGUUACAACUUCUAUUAAUAUCCACCGAGGAUCAGAAACUGAGCAGAUUAAAGAAAUCGGUAGAGUCGUUAGAAAUUUGAAAAAGUACAGGAAAGAAAGUAAAUCAAAAGCGGUUGAAUUAUUUGGACACGAAUUAGUAAACACAAUGGAAAAUUAAGAGUUAUUUUAAAAAGUUUUCAUUAUAUCGAACUGUCAAUUACGUAUAUUCUAUUCUGAAAUAUUAAUUUACUUUUUUGUAUCGAAGAAUGAAUAAUUCGUAACGCCAAAGUUACAUAAUUUCAGGGAACAAAAAA